CCAAUCACCGCCAAACACACGAUCGACGCUGCCACGUCAAGUGAGACUGUGCAAGUGUGAAUGAAGUGGCAGUUUCGGCAUUUUGAAGAAAUUCGUCUUCCGUAAAAAGUUACUAGUUGUAAUAGGACCAUCGGAAAUUGAAGAUGCGUGCUUUGUUCUUAACAGUAGCGAUAGCCCUGCUGGGUGCUGCGCUCGGAGACGAAAUUCCCACCGAAGAUAAUGUACUCGUACUUAGCAAAUCCAAUUUCGACGAUGUUAUUUCUUCAAACGAUUACGUUCUAGUUGAAUUCUAUGCACCAUGGUGCGGCCACUGCAAAUCCCUCGCACCGGAGUAUGCCAAAGCUGCCACGAAACUGUUGGCGGAAGAAUCUCCCAUCAAGCUGGCAAAGGUUGACGCAACCCAAGAGCAAGACCUUGCUGAGUCAUACAAAGUCAAGGGUUACCCUACUCUAAUUUUCUUCAAGAAAGGAAGCACUGCCGACUAUUCUGGUGGUCGUCAAGCUGAUGACAUUGUCGCUUGGCUGAAGAAGAAGACUGGCCCACCAGCACUUGAAGUUGCCUCAGCAGAGCAAGCCAAGGAACUGAUUGCAGCCAACCCUGUCAUCGUAUUUGGUUUCUUCACUGACCAAGGCUCAGAAAAGGCUCUGGCCUUCCUGAACACAGCUAGCCUGGUCGAUGACCAAGUCUUUGCCAUUGUCACUGAUGCGAAAGUCAUCGAAGAGUUGGAGGCCCAGCCUAAUGAUGUUGUGCUCUUUAAGAACUUCGAAGACCCACGAGUCAAGUAUGAAGGUGCUGAAUUCAACGAGGACCUAUUGAAGACCUGGGUAUUCGUCCAAAGCAUGCCCACCAUUGUGGAGUUCUCCCACGAGACUGCUUCCAAGAUCUUCGGAGGACAGAUCAAAUACCACCUGCUUCUCUUCCUGUCCAAGAAAAAUGGUGACUUCGAAAAGUACCUGGACGAGCUGAAACCCGUGGCCAAGACCUACCGCGACAAGAUCAUGUCCGUAGCCAUCGACACCGACGAAGACGACCACCAGAGAAUCCUGGAGUUCUUCGGCAUGAAGAAAGACGAAGUUCCGUCCGCCCGCCUCAUCGCGCUGGAGCAAGACAUGGCCAAGUACAAGCCCGCCACCAACGAGCUCAGCGCCAACGUUGUGGAGGAAUUCAUCCAGUCAUUCUUCGCUGGCACACUGAAACAACACCUGCUAAGUGAAGACUUGCCAGAAGACUGGGCGGCCAAACCCGUCAAGGUCCUCGUCGCCUCCAACUUCGACGAUGUCGUGUUCGACAGCAGUAAGAAGGUCCUCGUCGAGUUCUAUGCUCCUUGGUGCGGACACUGCAAACAACUUGUGCCCAUCUAUGACAAGCUCGGAGAACACUUCGAGAAGGACGAGGAUGUGGUGAUCGCCAAGAUCGACGCCACUGCCAACGAGCUGGAGCACACCAAGGUCACCUCCUUCCCCACCAUCAAGCUCUACACCAAGGACAACCAGGUCCGUGAGUACAACGGCGAGCGGACGCUGGCCGGCCUCACGAAGUUCGUGGAGAGCGACGGAGAAGGCGCCGAGCCUGUGCCCUCCGUGAGCGAAGACGAAGAGGACGACGACGCGGCGCCUCGGGACGAGUUAUAAGCUCCUCACACUUCCAUAGCGUAGUCUGCGUAGAAUUAAUUACUGUUAAGUGUGUCGCCACACGCGCCUAACCUCUCAUAGUACACACUGAACUUGAUUCCCUCCCUAACAUACGCUAAAUUCCGACUAGAAUAUCGAAUCGUUGGCCGGAAUUUUGCAACUAUAUGGGAGGGUCAAAACAUCUCACAGUAAAUUAAACUUUAUUUUUUAUACGUUCCGGUGUGUGGUAGCCCUUAUAAUAUAAAUCCAGUGCAUUUCGUUUGAUCUACUGUUAAUAAUAACUAUAUAAUUUUUUAUAUACUUACUGUGUUGAGGUUGUAUUCGAAUUUUGUAUUCGUUAUGAUGUUGAAACAUUAACUUUUUAAUUAAUAAAAAUGAAGUAGGAAUUAGGGGUUCUAAUUUUUUUCGAGAAAUAUUAUAAUUUAAAUGAGGGUAGUUUGACGCUAGUUGACACAUCUUCCAAAUGAAGUUGAAUCUAUCGUAAAUUGCAUUAUCUCCUAUGACCUAAGUAUAAAAUUGUAUUACAAUAGUCAUUCGACAAGCGCAUUUUUUUUAUUAAAGCCUACUAGCGUCAAAAGAUUACUGUAUUUUAUUAAUCUAAAUAAUGAUAUUUUUACGGAAAUACUCUAUCUAUUUGUCAUUAUGUAUUGUCCCAUUUCUAAUUCCAUAUAAAAAUAAUUCAAUCCUUAAUUUAUUAUUAAGAAAGUAUAAUUUAUUUAGUAUACAUAAUAAAAUAACAGCAGCAUAGGCUUAUGUACAAUGUUUAUGUGUAUUUAUAAUUUCUGUACCAUAAUAGCUUUUUUUUGUAACAUUCCUAUGAGUUAUGAAUUUUGAGUUACAAUCGAACAAGUUUUAGUUUGCGCUAGUAAGAAAGAUUGAGUAAAAAAUUUUUUUUUAUUUUUUUGUUAAAUAUUUAUAACUGUAAUAUUAUGUAAUUUUAUUCAUCACAAAAACAUAUUUUUAAGGCGAAAUUAUACAAGUUUUGUUUUGUAUAUUUUUCUACGAUUUAACCUUUUAUUCUGUUAAAUAUUGAAAAAGUGUGAACGGUGCUUAUGAAAUUUGAAUCUUAGUAUUUUCUUAAUGCCUAAAAAUGUUUGAUAAUUCUGUAAUUUUUUCUACUACAUAACAACUUGUAAAUAUUCUUAUGAAUAUAGUAUUUGCCAAAUCCACACUUGUGUAUCUGUUGUGGAUACAGAAAUUGAUAAAUAAUAAAUAAAUACUUAUUAUAA